AUGUCAUCCAGAUACUCCACCCCUGACUACACUCUUGACGACAUGCGCUCUGAGCCUUCAGUCGAAUAUAAUUACAUCCAAAAUGGAAUUCGAUACUAUCCAGAUCGUGAUAUGUGGAGCCCCGUGUGGGAGCCAGAACCUUCUCAAGCAACUCGAGCAUCUCCCAACGACAUGGUCGUAGAUGAACCGUUCAUUGAGGACGCUAAGCCGAAUAUUGCCGCGACUGGUGAUUCGAGUGAUCAGGCGAUUGUUGAUCCUGCGCAGGCUACUGAUGUCCACCAAGCUGAAAAUACGGGUAUCAUGCCCAAGAUCAUGAUUCCAAAAGGGCUGGAGAUCGUUGAGACUCCCAAGUAUUACUUCCCGCUUAAGGCAAAAUGGCACUCCGUUUACGACCCACAAGGUCGAUACGAUCUCUCUUUGAUCCCGAUGGCAGUCCCCAGGAUGAGCGUCCAUAAUGAUCCGCACCCGUUCGUGUGUGUUGCGUGGAACAUUCAUGAUCCUGAACUUCCCCCCGGACUCCCGGUCCCUUUUUUAAAGACCACGGCUCUGAUCGACCUAUUUUCGACUUCUAGUUCUCCGGCUCCGUCUUCGCAAUCUAGCUCAGCGCCUUCAACCUCGUCCGACGCUUUGUCCACUGCUUCAUCGGCCUAUCCCCCAAUCUUGGCUUAUAUUGGUUUGAACCAUCAGGGGGUUCAAAGACUCCUUCUCGACGACCACAACCCGCCAUCCGCCGUGUGUAUCUAUACUGAAGAAGAUGUUAUGCGCAUCUUUGAAGGUAUCGCUCCCGACUACGUUCAUAUGUGCUCGGAGUAUCCGCCAUCGUCUUUAGCCGAAUCCGAUUGCCGAGUAAUUGUCAGCCGCUGUGAUGCCAAGGAGUAUCCCUUCUAG